GCUCGGAACACCCGACGGAAAGCCUGAUUGGUUGAGUUGCUGUGACGUCAGAAUCCCUCCUGCACCGGCUUGUGUGUGGUCAGUGUUGUCAACAUGGCGGCGGUAGAUGUCAUUGUGGACAACUUGGUGACGCUGUGGAGGAUACCGGCCGUCAAACAAAACCUCCACUGGAUCUUUUUACUCAUCUCAGUCGUGGGCUCGGUUCUGAAGGAGCUGGAGCUCAUCCCGCAGACUUAUUUCAGCAGCAGCAAAAACGUCCUGAAUGUGUAUUUUGUCAAAGUGUCCUGGGGGUGGACGUUGCUCCUGCUGACACCGUUCCUCCUCCUCUCCAACUCCACCUUCAACAGAAGUGUUUCUUUCCUCGGCCGACGGCUGCUGGCUCUGGUGGUGGCAACAGCCAUCUGGUACAUCUGCACUGAGACCUUCUUCUACAUUGAGGAUGUGACCGGCUCCUGUUAUGAAACUGACACCAUGGACGUCAUCAACAAAGAGUUCACGUCCAAAGUCAGCUGCAGGCGGGCCGGCUUCCACUGGCAUGGGUAUGACAUCUCAGGACACUCCUUCAUCCUGGCCUACUCCACUCUCUUCAUCGUGGAGGAAACGGCUCCUAUGGCCUUCCUGAAGACGGCCGCUCUCUCUUCCCUGCCCAGGAUGGUCCUAAACCUGCUGUACGUGGCCUUGAAUCUGAUACUGAUCAUAUGGAUGUGGAUGUUUGCCUGCACCUCAGUUUACUUCCAUGAUAUGUCUCACAAGUUACUAGGGACCGCAUGUGCUUUCUUAGGGUGGCAUGUGACAUAUCGGGUUUGGUAUCUAAAACCUCUGUCACCAGGUCUCCCUCCUCAGCGUCACCCCAAAGAGCAGAAACAGCACGCCUAAGCUGCAGUCAUGCCUUCCUGUACAGCCAUCCUCCAAACAACGCACUACAGUUGAUGUUAUCUGUCUUCAGGUCCAAGCAGCCCACGCUAUUUUAAGUUAUUCCCUCCACACAGAAAGGUCGCUCUGUACAGGUUGACUGACUUGCAGGUCCUCCAUGGUGUUUGGCAGCUGCUGUUCCCAAAAUGACUCUUGGUAAUUUGAGAUAAAAGCAAGACGCUGCUCUGCUGCACAGCUUCAGCCUCUCACCUCCAGCCUCUGUGGCUCCCCUGCUGCACCAUUGUCCCCCCCCCCCAGUUUGCUGCCUUAUCGUGCUUUAUUAAGAUAAAUCAGUUUUUAGACAAAUGAAUGGGAACACUUGAGAAUGUUUACAGCUCCUCCAGUUCAGAUGAUGUGUAUUUUUGUAGACCAAUGUACAGUAGCUACUCAUUGUUUUUAUAGGGAACUACCUACAGAACAAAGUCCAAUCAGACACUGUAACUACUCUGGGCCCGCAUUUCAUUUAACUGAGCUGUCCAUUUUUUAUCACAUGUUGUUUGGAGUUUGUUUGUCUGUGUGUCAACACUAUACGUAAAGGCUGCUCAGAGGAUGUAGGUCUUGAAUAGCAGAUGUAAAGAAAUUCUGAAUGUGUGAUCGUACUUAAAACUGUAGUUGUAAGCCAAAUCACUUUCUCUACAGGUGCAAAUUGUAAUUAUUAUUUAAAAGGUUUUAAAAGUUCAGGCUGGAAAUAAUGACAAUUUCUAUUACAGAUUAUUCUGCAGAUUAUUUUGGAUUGUGACAUGGACUAAAACAGUAUAAAUCUAGAUAUUUACAAGUCUCCUCAAAAACACUUCAUAUAUGCUCAGACUGGAUAAUAACAUUAAUUAUCAGGAUAUUUUUGACCAAAUAUCUCUAUCAAUAUUGCGACAAUAUUGUCGAGAUGAUUAUAAGUGCUUUCACAAAAUAUUAACACUGGGUUUUUUAUAAAAUAUAUACAUCAUCAUCAUUAAUAUCAGUGUUUUGACAAAGUGGGCAAAGGCAAGUUUAAGAACAAAUAAAAGGAUCUGGUAAGUUUAGAAAUCCAGGAAAAGAAAACACCUCCGGCAUAUCAUCAUAAUACGAUAUCUAAAAUAAAGAUGUAUAGUGUCUUCAGGAUAACGAUAUAAUAUCAAUGUAUUUUCCAGCCUUAUUAGUGACAGGGGUCCAUCACAGAUCCAAAUGCCCAAGGUGAUCUCCUCAUAUGUCAUGUUUUGUCAAAGCAGUUGACCAGAGCCAAAAUACAUUUUAUUUAUUUCCACACAGGACAAAGAAAAGUACCAAAUCUUGAUGAUUUAAAGGCUCAAACUAGAUACUUCUGUGCCUAAAAACAAUAAUUAAUCAAAAUGGUUGUCAUUUUCUGUUGAUGAAAUAAUUGAUUAAUCAAAUAAUUGUGUCUGUUUUAAUUUGUGCCUGAUAAAUCUAAUUUCUUUGUGCCAUAACACUAUUAAUGUCCUCGUCAAAAGUCCUGCUGCCAUAAAUACUCACUAGAGCACAAAAUGCGUAUCAGUUCACAUCUGAAAAUAGUCCCAUACAAAUUCUGUAUUCACCACCAUGUGAGUGACAUCUUAUGAAAAUUGCAGUGCCCAGCUUGUUUAGGAAAUUACUUUGAUUUUAAAAACUAAGUUUGUAUUUAUUACCUGUUAGUCCUCAGUAGGAACCAACAGGCUGAGGCUGAGUGCCACAGACCUGGUAGGGAAGCUGUUAAGUAUUAAAAAUAAUGUUGUUGGUUUUGUUUGUUUUUUGUGGGAUUAGUUGACAAUAAUAAAGAAUAACAACAGCCUCAA